ACUGUGGAUAGCAGGAAAAAAGAUAGAUUUUUGCCUCUGACAGCGAGAGAGACAUCCCUCCAUCACGCAGGGGUCGCCUUUCUUCUGCAAGAUCUUUAAUUCCGUUUUCGGACAUUAUUUCAUUAUUUCAUCGUGAGGAUACCCUUCUGAAGCAUGGCUCACGCCGCAUCCCAGCUGAAGAAGAAAGCGGAUUUGGAGCUCACCGCUGCCGAGGAGGAGAAGAAGAAGAAGAUCAGGAAGAGGUCUCGGGAAGGCAAGAAAAAGACUGACACCAAUGCCAGCUAUCUGCGAGCAGCCCGGGCUGGAAACCUGGAGAAAGCCCUCGAUUACCUGAAGUCUGGGGUCGAAAUCAACAUCUGCAACCAGAAUGGCCUGAAUGCUCUUCAUCUCGCCGCCAAAGAAGGCCAUGUGGAGAUGGUGGCACAGCUUAUUAAACUUGGAGCCUCCGUGGAUGCAGCAACAAAGAAAGGAAACACGGCUCUGCAUAUCGCCUCCCUGGCUGGGCAGACUGAUGUGGUCAGAGAGCUGGUGAAUAAUGGAGCCAAUGUCAAUGCACAGUCUCAGAAUGGCUUCACGCCACUGUACAUGGCGGCGCAGGAGAAUCAUCUCGAUGUGGUCCGCUUUCUGCUGGAUAACGGCUCCAGCCAGAGCAUUGCCACAGAGGAUGGCUUCACUCCAUUGGCUGUAGCACUGCAGCAAGGCCAUGAUCAGGUAGUCUCUCUGCUCCUGGAGAACGACACGAAAGGGAAAGUACGUCUUCCUGCGCUCCACAUCGCCGCCCGCAAAGAUGACACCAAAGCUGCGGCUCUGCUGCUCCAGAACGACCACAACGCUGACGUAGAGUCUAAGAUGAUGGUGAAUAGAACCACAGAGAGUGGCUUCACCCCUCUGCACAUUGCCGCACACUAUGGCAACAUCAACGUGGCUACACUGCUCCUCAACCGUGGUGCCGCCGUGGACUUCAGAGCCAGAAAUGACAUCACUCCUCUCCAUGUGGCAUCGAAGAGAGGAAACAGCAACAUGGUCAAGCUGCUGCUGGAACGAGGAGCACGCAUCGAUGCCAAAACGAAGGAUGGCCUUACUCCACUCCACUGUGGAGCCAGAAGUGGCCAUGAGCAAGUUGUGGAGAUGUUGCUGGACCGAGGAGCUCACAUUCUGUCCAAGACUAAAAAUGGACUGUCGCCGCUGCAUAUGGCCACGCAGGGAGAUCACCUUAACUGUGUACAGCUUCUGCUGCAUCAUGACGUACCUGUAGAUGACGUCACCAACGAUUACCUGACGGCGCUGCAUGUGGCAGCCCACUGUGGGCACUACAAAGUGGCAAAGGUCAUUGUGGACAAGAAGGCGAACCCAAAUGCCAAAGCACUGAAUGGUUUCACGCCACUUCACAUCGCCUGCAAGAAGAACAGGAUCAAAGUGAUGGAGUUGCUGCUGAAACAUGGCGCAUCCAUACAGGCAGUGACAGAGUCUGGACUCACGCCGAUUCAUGUGGCCGCCUUUAUGGGGCAUGAAAACAUUGUGACUCAGUUGAUGAAUCAUGGAGCAUCGCCAAACACAACCAACGUGAGGGGAGAGACAGCUCUACACAUGGCCGCCAGGGCUGGACAGACGGGCGUAGUGAAGUACCUGGUGCAGAACGGAACUCACGUCGAUGCCAAGUCCAAGGAUGACCAGACUCCUCUCCAUAUCGCCAGUCGUCUGGGGAAGCCCGAUAUUGUGCAGCUGCUGCUGCAGCACGGUGCCGCCCCUGACUCCACCACCACGUCUGGGUACACACCGCUGCACCUGGCAGCCCGCGAGGGCCACAAGGACGUUGCUUCUAUACUGCUGGACCAGGGCGCUUCACUGAGCAUCACCACCAAGAAGGGAUUUACACCGCUGCAUGUGGCAGCUAAGUACGGUAAAAUCGAAGUGGCCAACCUUCUGCUGCAGAAGAGAGCCCCUCCAGAUGCAUCAGGAAAGAGCGGACUAACUCCACUGCAUGUAGCUGCGCACUAUGAUAACCAGAAAGUGGCACUUCUACUCCUGGACCAGGGGGCCUCUCCCCAUGCAGCUGCCAAGAAUGGCUACACUCCUCUGCACAUAGCUGCCAAGAAGAAUCAGAUGGAGAUCGCCACCACACUGCUGGAAUAUGGAGCCGACACCAAUGCGGUCACCCGACAGGGCAUCAGUCCACUCCACCUGGCAGCCCAGGAGGGCAACGUGGACAUGGUGACACUGCUGCUUGCACGUGAUGCCACCAUCAAUAUGGGCAACAAGAGUGGGUUGACUCCUCUGCACCUGGUGGCCCAGGAGGACAAAGUGAACGUAGCUGAAGUGUUGGUCAACCAGGGUUCCACUGUGGAUCCCGAAACAAAGAUGGGAUACACUCCACUGCACGUCGCCUGUCACUAUGGCAACAUAAAGAUGGUGCACUUUCUCCUGAAAAACCAGGCUAAGGUUAACGCUAAAACAAAGAACGGCUACACUCCUCUGCACCAGGCAGCACAGCAAGGCCACACACAUGUCAUUAACCUCCUCCUUCAGCACGGAGCCUCGCCCAACGAGCUCACAGUGAAUGGAAACACAGCUCUGUCUAUCGCCAGGAGACUGGGUUACAUCUCAGUAGUGGACACCCUCAAGGUCGUGACAGAGGAGACCCUGACCACAAUGACUGUGACUGAAAAGCACAAGAUAAACGUUCCAGAAACAAUGAACGAGGUUCUGGACAUGUCUGAUGAUGAAGGUGAGGACGUGAUGAUGGGGGACACGGAUAAGUACCUGGGCCCCCAGGACCUGCGAGAGCUGGGGGACGACUCUUUGCCUCAGGAAGGAUAUGUGGGUUUUAGCAUUGGUGCCCGAUCUGGAAGCCUGCGCUCCUUCAGUUCGGAUAGGUCCAACACACUGAACCGGAGCUCUUUCACCAGGGACAGCAUGAUGAUCGAGGAGAUCCUGGCACCUAGCAAAGACACGCAUCUGGCUGUAGCUAAAGAGUACGACACUGACUCUCUUAGGCGAUACAGUUGGACAGGAGACGCCCUGGACAAUGUCAACUUGGUCUCCAGCCCAGUCCACUCAGGUGUUUCUACUCCACUUCCUCGAUCUGACUCCAGGUUCCUGGUGAGCUUCAUGGUGGAUGCUCGUGGCGGCUCCAUGCGAGGCAGCCGCCACAAUGGUAUGCGAAUCAUCAUCCCUCCACGCAAGUGCACAGCCCCGACUCGCAUCACCUGUCGCCUGGUCAAGCGGCACAAGCUUGCCUCACCACCGCCCAUGGUGGAGGGAGAGGGACUGGCAAGCCGUUUGGUGGAGGUGGGCCCUGCCGGAGCUCAGUUCCUCGGCCCUGUGAUAGUGGAGAUCCCUCACUUUGGCUCCAUGAGAGGAAAGGAGCGUGAGCUGAUCAUUCUUAGGAGUGAUAAUGGAGAAUCUUGGAAGGAGCACCAAUACGACUACAAGACUGAAGCCCUUAAUGAUCUGCUUAAUGGCAUGGACGAAGAACUGGACAGCGUGGAAGACCUGGAGAAGAAGCGCAUCUGUAGAAUCAUCACUAAAGACUUCCCACAGUAUUUUGCGGUGGUGUCACGGAUCAAGCAGGAGACUAACCAUAUGGGUCCCGAGGGAGGGGUGCUAUCCAGCAUGACUGUUCCUCAGGUCCAGGCCUCUUUCCCUGAAGGAGCUCUCACAAAGAAGAUCAGGGUUGGACUUCAGACCCAGCCAGUCCCAGAAGAGACGGUGAAGAAGAUCAUAGGCAACAGAGCCACGUUCAGCCCCAUAGUGACGGUAGAGCCACGUAGAAGAAAGUUCCACAAGCCCAUCACUAUGACCAUCCCUGUGCCUCCCCGAUCAGGGGAAGGCAUGAACGGCUACAAAGGAGAUACCACACCAUGCUUGCGCCUUCUGUGCAGCAUCACAGGUGGCACCUCGCCCGCACAGUGGGAAGACAUUACUGGAACUACUCCUCUCACCUUCUCGAAUGACUGCGUCUCGUUCACUACCAACGUAUCUGCCAGGUUCUGGCUUGCUGACUGCCAUCAGAUUCCAGAGACGGUAGCUUUGGCCACUCAGCUCUACAGGGAACUCAUCUGUGUGCCCUACAUGGCCAAGUUCGUAGUGUUCGCCAAGAUGAACGACCAUGUGGAAUCUAAUCUGCGAUGCUUCUGCAUGACAGAUGACAAAGUGGACAAGACCCUGGAGCAGCAAGAGAACUUUGAGGAGGUGGCCAGAAGCAAAGACAUUGAGGUUUUGGAAGGGAAGCCCAUUUAUGUGGACUGCUAUGGCAAUUUAACCCCUCUGAUCAAAGCUGGACAGCAGCUGGUUCUUAACUUCUAUGCAUUUAAAGAGAACAGACUUCCAUUCUGUGUAAAGGUGAGGGACAACAGUCAAGAACCUUGUGGACGACUGUCCUUCCUCAGAGAGAUUAAAAACGUAAAGGGGCUUCCUCAGACCGCUGUCUGUAAUUUAAACAUCACACUGCCUGCGCUCAAAAAGGAUAUGGACUCAGAUCCUGAUGAAGAGACUGAAAAGCCAGAACGACGUCAUACCUUUGCAUCUCUAGCCUUACGUAAGCGGUACAGCUAUCUGACUGAGCCUGGAUUGAAAACAGUUGAGCGAAGUACAACAAGAACACUGCCUGCUGGUUACCCUCACAAACCUGUCUUUUCAACAAGAUCUUACCAGGCAUGGUCGGCUGCUCCUGUUACCAUCCCUGGGCAAACAAAAUGUGGACUGGGUUCCCUCUCCAGCUCACCUUCCAACACACCAUCUGCUUCGCCAUUAAAGUCAGUCUGGUCAAUAACCUCAGCUUCCCCACUCAAGUCAACCCUGGGAACCACAAAUGCAUCUCCUGUAAAGUCUGUUAGUGACAUAGCAUCACCCGUUAGAACAUACAGAUCUAUCUCUUCACCCAUAAAAACUGUUGUACAGCAAGGCCAAUACCCUUCUCCAGUUUCUAGUAGUCUCAUGUCUUCAUCUUUUAAAACCGGCACAGAUCCUGUGUCGAUCAAGGGACUUGCUGCUUCAUUGUCUUCAAGGCCUAUCUCUGUAACAACAAAUGGUUCUAUACUCGAUAGAGCAUAUGCCACAAUGACCCCCCCUGAUUCUCCAAAGUCAGCUGCAAAUUUCUAUAGUUCAAAUUUGUCACUCCGAUCAACCCUUACCUCCGCACCUACUGCAGCAACACCCACAUUUAAAACCUUAACAAGUCUGUCAUCUAUGAAAACAUCUCCAGAUCGAGGUACAAUCUCCAACGGGACAAUUUUCUCAUCUCUCUCUUCAUCAGUUGGACCUACUGUUGCCUCUGCUGAAACAGUUCUUCUUAAUGGAUCUGUGUCACCAGUCAAAUUCUCCUCGUAUACUCCUUUAUCACCCCGACUGCUCUCAGAAGGAACUAGCAGUUUGCAGGAGAGAAUACAAGCUACAACACAAGCAGCUGCAUCCAGUGUUAGUGCAGCUUUUUGUGAGGCUGAAAAAACUCUAAUUGGCUAUUCUACAUCCGGCUAUGACACAAUAAAAUCCAUGCCAUCUCCUCUGAGAUCUAAUGUGUCAAAUUCAGUGUAUGGUUCAUAUAGAGCCCCGGGUGCUUCUGGUACCCCACUUUCAACUAAUACUAUGACUGUGCCAGUUUUCUCACUAAUGAACGUUCUCCCCGAGCCCCAAGAAAAGAAGAUAUCAGACACAAUGUCAGCUGUACCUCAGACAACCAGUCAACCAACAACAUUUACUUCCAGAUCUAAACCCUCAAAACCUCAACUCUAUAUUCCUUCAGCAGCAUUUAAGUCAGCCACUGCCUCGCAAAUGUCAUCAAGUCAAGAUAUUAUGCGAGACGUGGCCGACAUGAAAGAGGGUCUAAUAAAAAUGACUGCCAUAUUGCAAAAUGAUGCCACUAAUGUAUCGAAGACAUAUCAGUCCCAGGGUACCAGGGAAUCUAAAAUGGAAGAUGAGGAACCUUUCAGUUUAGUUGAGAAAGUUAAAGAAGAUCUUGUGAAAGUUAGUCAAAUCCUUUCUAAGGAUGUACUAGGUGAGACAAAGGUCUAUACUAAGGACAAAGCCUCUGAGGAUGAGUGGGAAGAGUUCUCUAAAGAUGAAAUAGAGGAAGCUCAACAGAGUGUUUUAAAACCCCUUCCCCCUUUUGAAUCCACCCUACCAGUUAGGCCACAGUCGGUGCAAGACAAAGACCUGAAUUUAGCCAAGGUGGUUGACUACUUAAUGAAUGACAUUGGUGCUAGUUCACUUUCAAAAAUUGCUGGUGAAAGAAGCAAAUACAAUGAAAUGAAGGAGGGGGAGGAGAAGCAGAAACGUACAUUCAAAUCCGAGCAUAAACUCAAAAUGCCACCCCCAGGCAUGCGCACCUCUCCUUCAGAGAAAGAUUUAUGCAAGUUAACUGAUUCAUACAGUGGUACAGAUGCAAUUUUGGAAUCCCCUGAUGACUUUUCCCAUGAUCAAGAUAAAAGCCCACUUUCAGACAGUGGUUUUGAAACCCGAAGUGAAAAGACUCCUUCGGCUCCUCAAAGUGCGGAAAGCACAGGACCCAAACCUCUCUUUUCAGAUGUCCCUAUACCCCCAGUCAUAACAGAAACCAGAACAGAGGUUGUUCAUGUCAUCAGAAGCUAUGAACAUCCCGAGGAGGCCUGUGAGCCCCUUAUGGAAGAGGCUGCAGCAUUACAGUCACCUGCUUGUAUCGAACCCGAGUCUGCUGCUGGCUCGCUCAAAGACAAAGUCAAAGCCUUCCAGAUGAAAGUCAGUUCUGAAGACGAUUCUGUAAUGAGCAAAAGUAUGUGCCUGAAAGAGGAAACUCAUAUAACCACAACAACUAGAAUGGUCUACCACAAACCCCAGUUAAAAGAUGCAGGCUCUGACAGAAUUGAAGAAACCAUGUCAGUUCGAGACAUAAUGAAAGCUUUUCAGUCAGGAAGAGACCCUUCCAAAGAACUGGCUGGUCUGUUUGAACACAAGGCUAAUAAGGAUUCUAUCAAAGGAGAUGAAUUAACACCACGGUUCCUUGACAAGGACACAAAGCCUAAAGUUGAAAGAAUAAUUGAGGUUCACAUAGAAAAGGGCAACACAACAGACCCGACAGAAGUAAUAAUCAGAGAGACAAAGAAACACCCUGAGUAUGUAUGCAAAAGCAGCCGUGGUCUAAGGGAAUUCUCUAACAGAAUAGAGGGUGAUUGGGCGCUGCAAGAAGACGAAUUAUUUACUGCUGAGGAAACAGUGCCCUCUUUUUUAGAGAGCUCUAGAGUCAAUACACCUGUUUCUCAAGAGGAGGAGAGUCGACCCAGUUCUGCUCAGUUAAUUGCUGAUGACUCAUAUAAAGCUUUUAAACUUCUAAGCCAGCAGUCAAUUGAAUAUCAUGACGAUGAACUGUCCGAGCUGAGGGGAGAGUCAUAUAGGUUUGCUGAGAAAAUGCUUCUUUCAGAGAAAUUAGAUGCUUCACAGUCUGACGUUGAAGAUUCAGUCAUUAACCAGGGAAAUGGCAACGCUACUGAUUUGGGAGCAGAAGGAUUUUAUGACCCCAAAAAAGAAUCCAUUUUUAGGUCAGCAAGGGACACAUCUGACAAAUUUUUCCAUAAAGAUCAAUAUGAUAAACUGACGGUGUUGCACUAUACAACAGAACCUGGCAGCCCCAAGCAUACAGUCAGGAUGCGUUUCACCCAAGACAGGCAAGACAGAAACAGAGAGAAACUUAUAUAUGAAGAUCGUGUGGACCAAACUGUUAAAGAGGCAGAAGAAAAGUUAAGUGAAGUUUCACAGUUUUUUAGAGACAAAACAGAAAAGCUGAAUGAUGAGCUUCAAUCCCCUGAGAAAAAGCUUUCAGUUAGAGACUUUAGAGAGACACGGUCAGGCCCAAGCUCAGUGUGCAGUAGUCCUCAGAAAACAAAGCAGAAAACUGAGGUCAGCUCAGAGGAAUGGGAUAAGGGGAAACAGAAACUGUUUGGGAGCAUGCAUGAAAGAAAAAGCACUAGUUUGCCAAGCAGCCCAGAGAGGCGUGUGCAGUCAUGCUUAAACGAGGACAAAUCAAAACAGGAAAACAGUGCUUGGCAGUCGCAGCCUGGUGAAAUUUCUCCCCCAGUUCAAGUAAAGACUUCCAGAGUGAGCUCUGUUAGGCUUAAAUUUGAAACAGAGGUCCAAAAUCAAGAUAAAAGUAUGCCAAGUGCACAAUCAAAACCACCUGUAAAGAAGCUUCAAGAAAGUAAGUUACCAGUGUAUCAAUUUUUUGCAGGCUCAAAAGCUUCCAAUGUAGAUUCCACAGAGGAAGGAAAGCCUCUGAACAAAUCUACAGAGAGUGAUAAAAGUAAACUGACCUCCGGGCAAUUUGGCAUUGCGUCAUUUUCCUCAGAAACACCAGACAACAUUUUUAGCAAGCCACAGUUUGAUAAGGUCAGCAAGCCAAAAGACACAGAGGAACCUAGUGACAGCAAUAAAAUUCGAACUAGUGAAAGUGUUAAGGAACAAAUCCAUAGUAUUGAUAAGCAGAGCACAAUUGGUAUAGAUCUUAAGGGGCAACAAUUAAAAAAUGAGUUACUUGUAAAGGAGAUAAAAUCAGAUGUGACUUCAAAAAACCAUCUAGACAGUGAGGAUGCACAAAUGAAGACUCUUAAAAAAAAGAUCCUGGAAUCACAAAUUCCUGUACGAAUGCCCUCUGGUCUCCCUGAUGCUGACCAAGCAAAGAAAACAAAACAAGAUACAGUUGUUAAACAAUCAGAAAAGAGCCCAUCACAAAUACCUACCUUAGCUAAAACAAGAGUUCAGGGUCGCUCAGAAAUGUCUAGGGAUGAGGCUGUAACAAAGAUAUGUCAGGGUUCUGUAGAGGGAGGUGGUUCAGGGAACUACAAUGACACUAGUGGAGUGGAAAAGGUUACUACAGUCACCACCAGAGAAAGUUUCAAAGGACUGAAAACGUUACCUGUUUAUGUAAGUGUACAAGUGGGAAAGCAGGGUGAGAAAGAUUUAGCAGGAGGGCCAAAUGGAUCUGUUAGAAAAAUAGUCGGUUCAGAGAGCCGAACAGUUUACACAGUCAAACAGAGACAGCCAACUUCCCCUCAGGGAAGCCCAGAUGACGACACAUUAGAACAAAUAUCUUUUCUUGAUAGCUCUGGAAAAAGUCCCAUGACCCCAGAAACACCGAGCUCUGAGGAAGUCAGUUAUGAUCUUACAUCAAGAACCCCUGAAUGUUUCAUGGCAUUUAUACCAGGCAGUGCUAGUCCAAUAGCUGAAGUCUCAGAAGAAUCCGAGGAUUCAGAGCAGGGCAAAGCGUUUACAUGUAAGGAACCUGCCCCAGAAAAACUCAUAGACACCACUCCAGACAGCAGAAGUCAGGAUACCAGGCAGACAAGUAAAGACAAACGAGUUGCCUACAUAGAGUUUCCUCCUCCCCCUCCCUUGGACUCUGAUUCAUCACAAACAGAGAAAAAAGGGUCUACGCCAUCUGUAGAGAUUGACACUGAUAUGAUGGAGGUGAACCUCCAGGAGGAGCAUGAUAAGCAUCUACUUGCUGAGCCCAUAAUUAGAGUUCAGCCUCCAUCACCUGUGCCUCCAGGAGCUAAUGACAGUGACUCAAGUGAUGAUGAAUCAGUAUUUCAGCCCAUUCCUGUAAAGAAAUAUACCUUUAAAAUUGAAGAGCAGGACCACGAAAAGGAAUCCAAACCCAAAAAGAAUGAGAGAAAUGACAAUCAUAAAGAACCAGGUGUAAAUGGUAAUGGCAAAGCAGAGGAUAAUGACUAUGAACAAAAUGGCAAUGAUCAGUCUAUUACAGACUGCUCAAUAGCAACAACUGCUGAGUUCUCCCAUGACACAGAUGCCACAGAGAUCGAUUCUCUGGAUGGAUAUGACUUUCAGGAUGAGGAUGAUGGCCUUAAUGAACAAGAUGUAAAACCAUUUGGAUUUUCCAAUGACAACAGGAAAGACAUUUGGGCAUCAGAAAGCAUGCUUAGGCCAAGUGACCGUUCUUUCAGCCAAAGCAAACUAGAAGUAAUCGAAGAGGAAUCACCAACAGAGGAGUACAAAAAGGCAAAAACAAAGACUGAUCCUGUUGAUAAAAAAGGCGAAAAUGGAAAAGAAUAUGAAAUGGACAAAAGACAAUCCAAAGAAGAAGGACUGUCUGACACUUACUUUAGCUACAAGCUUGAGGAAGAGUUUAAUACUCCAUUCAAAACAAUUGCAACAAAAGGCUUGGACUUUGAUCCUUGGUCAAGUAAAGGAGGAGAUGAUGAAGUUGUCGAUGCUAGAAUUAAAGAUGACGAGCCCAAGCCUUUUGGGCUAGCUAUAGACGAGAAGUCCCAAGCGACUACCCCUGACACGACUCCUGCGAGAACUCCAACCGAUGAAAGCACACCGACUAGUGAACCUAACCCGUUUCCCUUCCAUGAAGGGAAGAUGUUUGAGAUGACCCGCAGUGGUGCAAUUGACAUGAGCAAACGGGAUUUUGUUGAAGAGAGACUGCAGUUUUUCCAGAUUGGCCCUCAAAGUCCUUGCGAGAGGACAGACCUGCGAAUGGCUAUAGUGGCUGAUCAUCUUGGCCUCAGCUGGACAGAGCUGGCCAGGGAAAUGGAUUUCUCGGUUGACGAGAUAAAUCACAUCCGUGUAGAGAACCCAAACUCGUUGACAGCACAAAGUUUCAUGCUAUUAAAGAAAUGGGUCAGCAGAGACGGUAAAAAUGCAACAACGGAUGCCUUAACCGCAGCACUGACAAAGAUCAAUCGGAUGGAUAUUGUGACAUUGCUGGAAGGGCCAAUAUUUGAUUAUGGUAACAUUUCAGGCACAAGGUGUUUUGCAGAUGAUAACGCAGUUUUCCGGGAUCAGGCUGAUGGUUUCCACGACAUCAGUAUGGAGCUGCAGAGUCCCUCAGUGUUUUCCUAUGAACCCCCCACCCCCCUCCGCCAUGAUGAUUUCUUUAGUGAGGAUGGUAGUGUAGACUCACCUGGUAAAACCCUUGUCAGACCCAAUGAACUGUCCUUGGCAACCACCUCCAGGGAUGCACUCUCCUCCAGUGCAGCACCCCCUACUGUGGUAGCUGAGGAUACCUCAAUAGGUGGCAGGGGGUCCUAUAGUCGAGAAGGGGGCUCGACUGAAGACGACCUGGAGCUUCCUGGCAGUGAUGAGGCAUCUAAACAUCCAGAAGUAUUUACGGAAUUCGCUGUCCAAGAGCAAGAGGUUCCUCCCAGUGGGGCCUAUGGGGCAAGAGAAAGUGGCAGGUCUGGUUUUGAAGAGGAAGAGGAGGAAGCGAUGGCACAGGAGAAGCCCAAGUCACUUUUUGAAGGCACUAACUUGGAGGAAGGCUCAGAAAAUGAGAUAAGCAAAGAAAAAGUGCAGGCAGAUCUCUCACAAAUGGAACAGGCAGAAAAAGAGAUGUCUUGGAUUUCAGGGCUGCAAGAAGGACUAUCCAGUUUAAGCCAGGAGGUCGCCGCUUCGGUUCUGCAUGCUGAAACACAAAUGCAGCAGGACAGGAGCCAAAAGCCAACAUCCACUCCUUCUGUGCUGCAAGCUGAAAGACAGAACGGGGAUCAUACAGAGCUCCAGGCCCAAGCUAGCUCACUGCAUGAGCCCCAGGAACCACCUAGUAAGGUGAAAGGAAAAAGCAGCAGGGACUCUGAGAAAAUUGAUAGGAUCCACCCAGAUGAUGCCACCUCUGGGCAGGGCACCAUGGAAGAGGAAACAGCAGAGCCAAAAGCUAAGCAAGGAGCACAUAAAGACAAUGACUCCAGUUCUGAUGAGGAACACACAGUCACCACCAGGGUGUAUCGGCGGAGGGUGAUUCUGAAGGGUGAUCAGGCCAAAAACAUUCCUGGCGAGUCAGUCACAGAGGAGCAGUUCACAGAUGAAGAGGGAAACAUUGUCACCCGAAAAGUCAUCCGGAAAGUGGUGCGUCGUGUGCCUGGGAAAGAUGAAAAAGGCAAGAAGAAGAGAAGCAGGCACUCCAGACAGGCCGCUAGGGCCGAGGAGCGUGCUGCUGAAGAAGAAGAGGGGCCAUCUAAAAGCCCUGAGUGCAUAAGCGAAACCUCUGAGGUUGGGAAGGUCAGAGAGGGGGACAAGAAGAAAGACGCGAGACAAAAAGGGAAAAAGAGCCAAUCGUAACAGUCGUGUGUGCUAUCUGAGAUCUGAACUUGUUUCAUCAUUGUUUUCCUGAGGAAAAAGGAUCACUGGAAACGCAACGCAGGAGACCCGGGCAGGAGAUGCGUCUGCAGCCUUUACAUAAACGCAUGGUUUUUAGGACGAGGACUUUAUGAUUUCGCAUGAGCAUGGAAAAACUCCAACUUCCUGUCAACGACACAAAGCAUACGAUCGGUGCCGGGAAAUGACACGUUAGCUCGAGACGGUUGACGGCACGAAGCUUCUUCUGCGCCUUAUGUUGGAGGAGUGCCGAUGAUUAAAAACAAAACAAAGAAACGCCAUUGAAGAAUUUCCAUGACCAAAGAUGGUACACAAAAAAAAAGGAGCAUUGUGGACUGACAGAAAUUGAAGAACAUGUCUUUGAAUACACUCACCUUAAAUGUUUUUUUUCUCCCCCACUCUCGGACUAGCGUCGGGCUGUAUAAUGCUUUUUUAAAAAAAUCCUGUACAUACACCAGAACUGUAUAAAUUCUAAAAGUAGCUCACACAAAUGUGAAUGCACUGGCAAGAAAGAGUCACAGUGUGUGUUGGAAUGAAACGAAAUGAAUGCUGAUAAUUAAUUUCAACUUUAAAUAAAUAAAAAUAAAUAAAAAACAUCGGGGAGGGGAAGGGGGAACUCCACAGGUACUUGUAAUUACACAAAAAAAAGAACUUUUUACACAAGUUUGCUUGAUUUGAACAAAGUACUUUUUCUUUCUAAGCAUACCACAAUGUCUCAAUAACGGCAAAACAGACAUAGCAGCAGUUGUGUUAAAAAAAAAAGAUUUUACUCAGAAUACUAAUAUUUUGAUGCAUGUGAUUCACCUUAUUAUAAUUUUUUGGGGGAUUUGUUUCCUAUCUACAUAACCAGAAGUGUGAUAAAUGUUCUAUCUGUGUGCACACUCAUAGCCUUGGUAUUUGUCACUGAUACUGUUUUAUAAUGACACCACUGUACCACAACAGACUAUACAGGAAGUAAACCGGACAUGAUCGAAAUGCAAAGUUCUCACAGCGAAAUGUUUGGUAUGCUAUGCAGUCAUGGAAAAGCUCGGCGUGUGAGAACGAGAGAGAGAGAGAGCUGAUCAUGCCUUAAACUGGCACACCGUUAACUUUUAACCGGUCUCAUGUGUAUUGGCACUAAGACGUCUUUCUGUACGCCAAUCAUUUGUAACCAUUCUAACAGUGUAUUACUAGUUUCCAAGGCUGCUGUGGUUAUAAGGGGCAUUUUUUUAUUUGGGUUUGGUGAAAUAUUUCCUUAUGUUGAAUAUACUCAAAAAGAGAGAGAGAGAAAGAGAGAGAGAGAGAGAGAGAGAGAGAGAGAGAGAGAGAGAGAACCUUCAGGUAUUCAUUGAAUGAUCUGGUAACAAACUUGUAUGAGAAACCAUACACUGGAUGAUUGAAUUAAUUAUUUAAGCAUAAAAAUAAAUUGUGUUCAAAAUCUGAAAA